AUGACCUACACCGUUACUCCAGGCGCCAUUUACUCCGUUUUGGAACCCACGCUCGGCGUCGUCAACGCCUGUUUGCCAACCAUCAAGCCGGCCGUCUCCAAGAUAUUUGGGCACCAAAGCACCCGGGCCCCUAAUACCGGGAACAUCGCCUCAACAGACAGCAGAAAUAUCCGGAAAUCGCAAAACUCGAAAGGCCUGUACACACGACAAUUCGAGAGGCUUGAGGACGACGUCACACUCAUCGAUAUCCGUUCUGGGCCUCCUUCAGAACUUGCUGUUGUGGCUGCCGAAUUUGGCAGGGCGGGGCCGCCAUUUUCGGGUGUCUCGACAAGUCGGCGGCGUUGCCCCUCGGCACUCAACGCCAUCGCCAUGCCGGCACAUCGCCCGCCGCGGCCCCUCGUAGAGGAUCGGGAUUACAAUGCGAAUUUCGUCCUGCGCUUCACGCGGCGAGAAGCCAAACAGUGGAAUGCGAAACGGCCAGAGGCUCUCACAGCCGAGCAGCGUGCAGCUCUCCGCAAGCAGCUUGAGGAUACCCAGUUCCUUCAACCCGACUAUACCGACAAGACCAAGAUCAACAUUGCCGCAUGGGGAACCUGGCGAGAAGUGUUAUGGAAAGCAACCUGGGCGACGGCGAUGGAUUUCCUUGAAUAUCUAUGUUACAUAUAUACGAUCGAGUUAGGCCGCUAUAUGGAUAUAAAUGACAGUAACGAAGUUGAAAAGGACGUCGCGAACUCGGAUGCCUUGCUGCGCCUACUGACCUCUAAUAUCAAGUACAAUACCGCUAUCCUCAGUUGGGAAAAACACCGUAUAUAUCUGCCGGGAUGCUACCUCGGCCUUGCCUUCACGGGGGCUCGGCCGGCUGAGUUUGUGGACGGCGAACGAAGUAGCGGCAAGGACGGGUGUCUGGAGGAACUCUUCCCGCAGUACGCUACUGGGGGUGCCCCUAGCGACGAGGACAAGGCGCCCGAUGAGCUUUCUAGGCUGCUGGAACGGAUGAUCUCGCAGGAGUACGAGGGCUGUGGACGCCCAAAGGCGCUCUGUUAUGAGGACAUUUUGCUGAUGGUCGUACGCCACCCGGAAACUGGCGAGGACGUCCUGGCUAUGUCCAUCAAGCUGGCGCACUACAAAGGCGCAGACAAUAAGCCACAGCCGACUAUCUUCUUCUUUACCCCUACCAGGAGGUUGAUCUUCUGUUUUAUAAGCAUUAUCGUUAGCCUGGCAGUCCACGACCGUGCGUUUGCCGCAUCGAAGUUCAGCAGCGUCAGAGCAGUUUUCCAGGCGAAGAACCGGGGACCGGUCAAGUGUACGCCUUUGCGAUGGAAGAAGAAAUGGCUCAAGCGGCCUGUUUUCCGCCGACUUGACGACUCUAUCGCUAAGGACAACUCCAUUUCCGAAGACGAAUCGGAUGAAUCGGACGAAUCGGACAGCUCAGACAAAUCAGACGGCUCAGAGUACCAACUUCUACCAUACCAGAAGCUGUUAGAUGACAUGAAGCGGCAGUCGCUCGAUGCUGGAGAAGAAAACCCGAUUGAACCAAAGGCCUGGCGUAGGGGAGCGGCUAACGUAGCGAAUGGCACGGAAAACGAGGACCGGAUUCGAGAACUUACCAAGUUGAUCGCGAGUAUGGAGGCACAGCGGAGGAAAAAAAUCCGGCGAGCUUACCGAGAAGAUUACUUCUACAACCGUCCGACCUGGGACAUCGAGGCCGACAAGAGCGACGAAGAGGAGUAUGUUGAGCCGGCUGUCGAGCUGCAGAUAACUAAGCGCGCCAAGCUCGCCGAAAUCCUCUGCAACCAGCCGGACAACUUAAGCUCCGCAGAGCUGCUCGAACUCCGUAUCCAGGCUGCUGAGCUUAUGGUCGCGUUGUGCGACAAGCGAGAAACCAGAAAGAGGGACCGUAUCCGGCGGAGGGUGCGGGCCGAUGGUGCAGUGAAGGAGGAGUCUCCCGGGCCCGACCCUUUUCCACUCCUAAUGAGCAAGAAGCAAUGUCCACGGUGCAUUGGGGAUAAAACCCUGUCCUAUGAGGAAAGAACAUUCGAGUACUGUCGGCCAGCGGUGAUGUACGACCAUUUCGAUAGGAAGCACGCACAAGACCUUAACCCGUGCAACCACCCUAAGUGCGUAGGGUGCGCGCUGAAGUUCAAGCACUUGAACCAUUUUAAGAACCAUGUAGAGAGGGUCCACGGCGUUCCAUUACGGCCGUGA